UUGUUGAAAUCUGUUAAUCCUGCAUUUUGAACAGUUAUGAACAACCACGCAUCUUCCAAGCCAUCUACCAUGAAGCUAAAACAGACCAUCCACCCCAUUCUUUUACAUUUCAUACAUUUUGUAAUAUCACUUUAUACUAUUUUAACUUAUAUUCCAUUUUAUUUUUUGUCGGAGUCAAGACAAGAGAAAUCAAACCAAAUUAAAGCAAGGCCUGUAAAUUCAAAACCUGAUUCUGCAUACAGAUCUAUUCAUAGUUUGGAUGGUUUGGCCUCAGUAUUACAUCCUGGAUGUGAUACUUUAGAUAAAGUUUUUAUGUAUGCCAAAAACAAAUUUAAAGACAAAAGACUCUUGGGGACACGUGAGAUUUUAAAUGAGGAAGAUGAAGUACAACCAAAUGGAAAAAUUUUCAAAAAGAAGCUGGUGGGGGUGGAUGGUGACAGUGAUGUUGAUGGUGAAUUUGAUGUUGGCCAUGUGAACCAGAGUUCCUGUGAUAGUGAAGUGGAACAAGAUUCGAUUGAUAGAGACACAGGGCAUGAUGCAGAUGAGGAAGAAAACAACAUUGUUACGCUAUAUGCCACCCUAGGAGGACCAGCCAUUGUUCACGGGUUAAAUGAAACAGAGGUGACCAACAUUAUCACCAGUAAAGAACUCUUACAAACAAAGUUGAAGGACAUAGUUUCCCUGGUUCCGCGCUUGCGCCACAUCAUCACUGUUGACGGGAAGCCACCAACCUGGUCAGAGUUCCCCAAGGGCAUUGUUGUGCACACCAUGGCCACUGUGCAGGCCCUGGGAGCAAAGGCCAGCUCAGAAAAUGAACCUCAGAGCAAACCGUUGUCCUCAGAUAUUGCAGUAAUCAUGUAUACAAGUGGGUCCACGGGAAUUCCCAAAGGAGUCAUGAUCUCACACAGUAACAUCAUCGCUGGGAUAACUGGGAUGGCGAGGAGGAUUCCUAAAGUGGGAGAGGAAGAUGUGUACAUUGGAUAUUUGCCCCUGGCUCACGUUCUAGAAUUAAGUGCUGAGCUUGUCUGUCUUUCACACGGAUGCCGCAUUGGUUACUCUUCCCCGCAGACUUUAGCAGAUCAGUCUUCAAAAAUAAAAAAAGGAAGCAAAGGGGACACAUCCAUGUUGAAGCCAACACUGAUGGCAGCUGUUCCGGAAAUCAUGGAUCGAAUCUACAAAAAUGUCAUGAAUAAAGUGAAUGAAAUGAGUAGUUUUCAACGGAAUUUAUUUAUUCUGGCCUAUAAUUACAAAAUGGAGCAGAUUUCAAAAGGCCGCAGUACCCCACUCUGUGACCGCUUUGUUUUCCGGAAAGUGCGGAGCUUGCUAGGGGGAAACAUUCGCCUCUUACUGUGUGGCGGUGCCCCGCUCUCUGCGACCACACAGAGGUUCAUGAACAUCUGUUUCUGCUGUCCCGUGGGGCAGGGCUAUGGACUCACUGAAUCCACGGGCGCCGGGACAAUCACUGAAGUGUGGGACUACAACACCGGCAGAGUCGGAGCACCAUUAGUUUGCUGUGAAAUCAAAUUGAAGAACUGGGAAGAAGGUGGAUAUUUUAAUACUGAUAAACCACACCCCAGGGGUGAAAUUCUUAUUGGUGGUCAAAAUGUGACAAUGGGAUACUACAAAAACGAAGCAAAAACAAAAGCUGACUUUUUUGAAGAUGAAAAUGGGCAGAGGUGGCUCUGUACUGGAGAUAUUGGAGAGUUUGACCCAGAUGGCUGUCUGAAGAUUAUUGAUCGGAAGAAGGACCUCGUAAAACUGCAGGCCGGAGAGUAUGUUUCUCUUGGGAAAGUAGAGGCAGCUCUGAAGAAUCUCCCGCUGAUAGAUAACAUCUGUGCAUAUGCAAACAGUUACCAUUCGUAUGUCAUCGGAUUUGUUGUGCCAAAUCAAAAGGAACUAACAGAACUGGCUCGAAAGAAAGGACUUAAAGGGACUUGGGAGGAGCUAUGUAACAGUAGUGAAAUGGAAAAUGAGGUCCUGAAAGUGCUUUCUGAAGCUGCUAUCUCAGCAAGUUUGGAAAAGUUUGAAAUUCCUGUAAAAAUUCGAUUGAGCCCUGAACCAUGGACCCCUGAAACUGGUCUGGUGACGGAUGCCUUCAAGCUGAAACGCAAGGAGCUGAAAACCCACUACCAGGCGGACAUCGAGCGAAUGUAUGGGAGGAAGUAACUGCUCUCCUUGGCAUGGGUUUGCUGCAUUGAGCUCAGAUCAAAUAGGAAAAUACUUGAAAAAUGCACGUCUCGGACUGAGGCACACUCCAUUCUUCAUGUUAAACCCAAACUGCUGUUUCUCCUGACACCACCAUUUUUAACUGACAGGCUUAGUAAACUAUUAAGACAGCCAACCUGUGUCUGCCUCUUCUUUCUUUCUCCUCCUCUGGCUGACCUUACCGCCUGUGACUGCUUGUGGGAGAAACUUUCUGGAUCAUUUUGGGGGAGCAGUGAUUUUAAAACCUCAAGUUUUUAAACAUGAUUUAUAUGUUCUGUAUAAUGUUCAGUUUGUAACUUUUUAAAGUUUGAAUGUAUAGAGGGAUAAAUAAGUAUAAAAAUCGGUUAUUUGGGAGAUUUUUUUACUUAAUGUAUUUAAAAAAUAAGGGUCUUGAUGUGAAAUUAUGUAAAUUUAAAAUGCUUAUGAAUCAAAUCAUUGUUGAACAAAAGAUUUGUUGUUGUGUAAUUAUUGUCUUGUAUGCAUUUGAGAGAAAUAAAUAUACCCAUACUU